UGAGUUGUCUUUUGUGAGUUAGGGUGGCCUGAGAUGCUGAUCCUGUGCCCAAGAUGCUUCAAAGCCUUAUUAAGAACGUUUGGAUCCCCAUGAUGCCCUACUAUACCCAAGUUUACCAGGAGAUUUGGGUAGGAAUGGGGUUGAUGGGCUUCAUCUUUUAUAAAAUCAGGAGUGCUGAUAAAAGAAGUAAAGCCUUGAAAGCUUCUGGUCCUGUGCCUGCUCAUGGUCAUCAUUAACCAGCUUUCUUUGAAAGGGAUGUCGGUCUGGCUGUGUUGUAGGCAGAACACAAACAUGGGACAUCAUGUUGACUUGUAGCAGUGCUGCUGCCCUUGUGCAUGAAUAGAUGUACCUGUGAGACCCACAAAAAAAAAAAAAGAAAAG